UUAAAGGAUGAAAAUAUGGAAUAUAUAGAACAUAAUUCAGCCUCCGACCGGCAUCGGUAAAGCUGGAGGCUCAGGAAUGGUCGGAUUGAUGGGAUCAUCAUUAUCAUCUUCACCUCCUCAACCACUCUGGUGGGUCCCACUCCAGCAGCCGGGACCAUCAUCUGUUAAUCUCAUCACCACUGCCUCUUCUCUCCACUUAGGCUUUCUUCUUCACUCCUCCUUCAAGAAACUUUCCCAUCUCUGUAAUGUGCCUAGACUGAAGGAAUUAUGGUGUGAAAAAGCCUCGCAAUUCAAGGGAAUAAACUUUUUUGAAUUAUCAAAUGAUUUUCUUGCAUCCACGUGUUCACCUUGCUUAUUUUUCUUCAAUGGUGGAGAAACCGGAAGGGGGCGUGGGAUUGAUGGAUCACUUUCAGGCACAUCCAGAAGAAAUUCAUUUGAUGGAAGGAAAUGGACAAAUGUUCUUCUUGCUAUUAAUGUCUUGGUGUUUGUUGCACAAAUGGCUACGCAAGGAAAGAUGUUAUUGUGGGGAGCUAAGAUUAAUAGUCUAAUUGACAAGGGACAACUUUGGAGGCUGGCCACUUCUUCCCUUUUGCAUGCAAAUUUUGGGCACCUCAUGAUUAAUUGUUAUUCUUUGAAUUCUAUUGGUGCUACAAUUGAGAACCUUAGUGGUCCAAGGAGAUUUCUUGCAAUUUACUUUACCUCUGCAAUUGCAAGUUCAGCAACAAGCUAUUGGUUCUGCAAAGCACCUGCUGUGGGUGCCUCUGGAGCAAUCUUUGGAUUAGUUGGAUCUCUUGCUGUGUUUAUAAUAAGACAUAGGGGCAUGAUCAGAGGUGGCAAGGAUGAUCUACAAAACAUAGCUCGAGUAAUUUUGCUAAACAUGGUUAUUGGUAUCUUGUCCAGAGGCAUUGAUAACUGGGGACAUUUAGGGGGCUUGCUUGGUGGAGUAGCUACAUCUUGGCUUGUUGGACCUGCCUGGAAGUACGAGACCUUGGCAAAUGAUGGUCGUAAAAUUUUUGUUGACAGGGCACCUAUUAAAUUUCUCUCUAGCAAGAGAAGGGAUGAUAGACACUUCAAUUGAAUUGUUCAUUUCAUUGCGGAACUCUCAUCUUAGCUUUUGUUGAUUGUAAAUGAGAGCUGGUGACACUCCCAUCUUACCACUUUUUUAUUGUAAUCAAUAGGCAUUUGUUUAGCAGUGAUAAAGUCUGUCUUCAAAGAGUUAACUUACUGUCAAUUAGAGUUAACAGUGCUCUAAAUAUGAAUGGUUUGUACCUGGAGAUGUAUAGCAUACUUGAUAACCAUCAAUGAAGUGUAUUUAUUCGAUUGGAUGGUUAAA